AUGGCGCCACACACAGUCAACUGGGGCAUUAUGGCCACUGGCUGGAUCGCCGAGACCUUCUGCAAAGACCUCCUCACCAGCCCGGCCUCCCGCGACGUGACCGACGUUGCCCAUCGCAUCGCCGCCGUCUCCUCGUCCCGCGAUGCCCAAAAGGCGCGAGACUUUGUCAAGAAGAUUGACGCUCCCGCCGAAACGACCGUCUACGGCUCCUACGCCGAGCUCGUCCGCGACCCGAACGUCGACAUCAUCUACGUCGCCACCCCGCACUCGCACCACUUCCAGAACGCUAUGCUCGCCCUCGACGCCGGCAAGCAUGUCCUCUGCGAAAAGGCCCUGACCGUCACAGCCGAGCAGACGCGCGUCCUCGUCGAGACGGCCCGCGCCAAGAAGCUCUUCUUCAUGGAGGCCGUCUGGACCCGCUACUUCCCCCUCAGCAUCAAGGUGCGCGAGCUCAUCUCCAGCGGCGCCAUCGGCAAGGUUUACCGCACAACCGCCGACCUUUCCUUUAACAACUGCACCGACGGCUCCGACAAGCUCUCGUUUGCCGACUCGCACCGCAUGGUCAACCCUGAGCUCGCCGGCGGCGCGCUCCUAGACCUGGGCAUCUACUCCCUGACUUGGCUGUUCCAGACGCUGUACCACCUGCAGCCCGAGAAGGAGUCCCCCGAGGUCCUGGCCUCGGUGCAGAAGUAUGCCGCCACCGGCGCCGACGAGUCAACCACCAUGAUCCUCAACUUCCCCAAGAACCAACAGACGGGCAUCGCCACGACGUCGCUGCGCGUUGACACGGCGCCCGACGGCAAGGGUAACACGGCGCCCGCCAUCCGCAUCCAGGGCUCCAAGGGCGAGAUCCAGGUCGCCCACCCUGCGUUCCGUCCGCUCUCGUACAAGGUCGUCAAGAAGGGCGUAGAUGAGGUCGAGGUCGUUGACUGCCCGAUCCCCACGGACGAGGCCCGCCAGUGGGGCCACGGCAUGUUCUGGGAGGCUGAUGAAUGCGCCCGGUGCCUGCGCGACGGGAAGCUCGAGAGCGCCUCGCUGCCGCUGUCUGAGAGUCUCGUCAUCAUGGAGACGAUGGACAGCGCCAUCAAGCAGGGUGGCAUCCAGUAUCCGGAGCUCAUCACCUCCCACGAGUUUGACGCCAAGAGCCCGCUGAACCUGGGCAAUGCUUGA